UUGUGUUCUGACCAAAAAAAGGAAUUUAACUCUGAAAGAACUAAGAUCCCCAAAGUUAAAACUGGGGGGACUCUCUCAUUGCUUCUGCCUCCAUAGUCCAUACCUCUGUUCUCUUUCCUUCUGCUUAUUAAUCUGAAUCAGAGUAUUUCAAAGGAUAAAGAAAGGGACCUUGCUUGUCAAGUUCAUAUUGGACACAAACCAAAGAUCAGGAAGAUACUAAAGACAGUUAAAGCAAAUGGAAGGUGAGAUCAGCAGCUUCAUCAAGGUAUGGUUGUCUGUCUUGACAUCUCUAUGCUUCUGCUACGCCAUUGGCAAGAUUGUUCCAAAAGGAACCAAAAGACUCAUUUUCCUACUCCCUGUCGUGUCUCUCUAUCUCUUCCUCCCUCUCAAACUCUCCUCGCCGCAUCUUGGCGGUGUCACAGCCUUUUUCAUUGCUUGGCUUGGUAACUUCAAGCUCUUACUAUUUGCUUUUGAUAAAGGUCCUUUAACUGCACCUACCUCUUUUCCACUUUUUGUGACCGUCGCUUGCCUGCCAAUCAAGAUCCAACACAACCAACCUCCAAAAUCACAGCUAAAUGGCCAAAUUAAAGAAAAACCAUCAUCAACAUCACAUCAGAACGGCCAUGAGAAAGAAAAUUCAUCCACUAGAAAAUCCAAGGAAGGCCCUGUAAACUAUGCUAUAAAGGGUAUACUUUUGGCCAUGAUUGUACGGGUCUAUGACUACAGCGAGUACAUACACCCAAAGAUCAUUAUGCUUCUUUACUCUAUGCACAUAUAUUUCCUCCUCGAGAUCAUCCUAGCCACAGGUGCAGCCAUGGUUCGAUCCCUUUCGGGACUAGAGUUGGAGCCACAAUUCAAUGAGCCGUACCUGUCAACCUCACUGCAAGAUUUUUGGGGCAAAAGAUGGAACCUGAUGGUGACCAGUAUCCUUCGCCCCACGGUGUACGAACCUACCCUCAGAUUUUCCUCGACUCUGAUCGGCAGAAAGUGGGCUCCGAUCCCAUCUGUUUUCUCCACGUUUGCAGUAUCCGCUAUCAUGCACGAGCUAAUGUUCUACUACCUGGGGCGGAUGACUCCCACCGGGGAGGUGACUUGGUUUUUUCUCAUCCAUGGAUUCUGUUUGACAGCAGAGAUUGCUUUCAAGAAGGCAUUGAACAGCAAGUGCCAGCCGCCGUGGCUAGUCACAGGACCGUUGACAGUGGGGUUCGUGCUGAGCACCGGCCUCUGGCUGUUCAUCCCACAGUUCACGCGAUGCAAGGUGGAUGUUAGAGCGUUUGAAGAGUACGCGGAAGUGGGCGCCUUGUUGAAAAAUGCAACUCAAAAAGUACUGCGGCUUUAGUCGGCGGAUUAGAAGGUUCCGAGUUUGAUCGGACUCUGUUCUGAAGUCAAAUACAUAACAGAAUAUUUAAUAAUUGUUGUUAUUAAAUUAUAAAUCGGAUUAGCCUUGUUUUUCAAUUUAAUUAAAUCCAUAACAUUAGAUUGGUAA